AAUGCGUAAUACCAAACAACACUUUUCUCCUGAACUCCUCCCUUCUGCUUUUGCCCUCCCUCGAUUUUUACCUCGCCCUCCUCUGGUCUAGCUUGUCUCUGCUUUUUAUUUAGCCAGCUACCAAGUUGCGACAUUUCACUUCACGCCGCUUCAUCGUUUUGUUUCCCCGCAUAAUAUUUUGGGAUAAAUGCACGACGUAUCGUUUUUUAAACUGUUAUCAUAAAUGUAAGUGAUUCGAUUUUUCCAGCACUAUUAACAUUCGUUCUAAGUAUGGCGUAUUCAGAAUUGGUCAAAUAAUUAUCGUAUCGUGACAUGAACAUUAUUUAGCAUGCUGUAAGAAGACAAUGUGUUGAAGACAAGGAUUAGGCUAUUUAUCAGACCUACCGAGCGUGCACAGACAGGUUUUUACGGCAGGGGCAGCCACAUGAAGAGGUCAAUAAAGAGGAUGACGAAGACGGAAGGAUAAACGACAAGAGACAGCCAGGGAAGGAAGAAACGUGGAGAAGGAGGGAUGAGAAAGAGACUAAAAUAAGAGGAGGAAGUGGAACUCCAAAGUGCCUAAGAAGACUGAGUGGGUGCCUGACGUUCUGGUCUGGAGUGUUUGGCUGGCUGGUGGCCUGCUGCCUCUGUGUACUGCUGCUGUCUCCUGGCCCUGCUAGGUGAGAGUAGAGCAAAGCACAGCACUGUGUGUGUGUUUAUUUGUGUGUGUUUGGCCUUGAAUGAGGCUAUAUGUGACCCUGACAGCCAGAGAGUCAUUCCGUCCUGCUGCUGAUCUGCAAUCCGCCCACCUCCCCUCAGCCUCCACCUCCCACCAGCCUCCCCUCAGCCUCCACCUCCCACCAGCCUCCCCCUCCCCCAGCCUCCACCUCGUCAUCAAUACAAGGACACUGGUCGAUAAGCUUCUGCUUUUUUAUCUUUCACUUUUUCUAAACAGCCUGACCAGGCAUACUAAACGCUACAGAAGCCGUGUCACAGUUCUGGAUAUUUGGGGUGGUUUUGGGGUUUCUGUCUGAAGAAUGGAGUGACCAGCGCACGCAAGACUGAGACAGACAGACUGACGGACAUAAGAAGAGGAAGCUGUCAUUGGAAGGCCUCUCUCUAGGACAAUGCAUGUCUGAACUAUAUAUCUCAGCAUGCCAGAGUAAGGUCCCCCAAUUUCGUCCUUUUUCUAUGAGACAGAGCUGGCCUCUGCUCACCUCUAUCUCUGAGAACUCAUCCCAUCGUCAGUGGAUCAGGGAUCUGCACCGUACCCAAGAAAACCCACUACUCCAGCCUCCAUACCCAGAAACUCAAAGUCAUUUCAAAGGACCAGCUUAUUCAUUGUAUCCAGUAUAACUAAGUCUUUCAUUUAAUUUCACGCACUCAUCUCCUCUUGUCUUGCCAAGGAGUUUCCAAUGUAUUUUCGUCUGCAUCAGGGCUUUUUGUUUGUGCACUAAGUCCCGAUCGUGUCCAACCCUAGACCCUACUCUUUUAUCCACUUCUUGUCCUGAGGGGCUGUAAUGGCAGUCAAUAUGGGAAGUAUGGCCAUGGGCCGGGACACUAAGUGGUUGACCCUAGAGGUGUGUCGAGAGUUCCAGAGGGGUACCUGCUCCCGCUCGGACGCUGAGUGUAAGUUCGCCCACCCAGCCAGGAGCUGCCACGUGGACAAUGGCAGAGUCAUCGCCUGCUUCGACUCACUCAAGGGACGCUGCACGCGUGACAACUGUAAGUACCUGCACCCCCCUCCCCACCUCAAGACCCAGCUGGAGAUCAACGGGAGAAACAACCUGAUCCAGCAGAAGACAGCAGCGGCCAUGUUGGCCCAACAGAUGCAGUUCAUGCUGCCAGGAGCCCAGUUGCAGCCCAUAGUGAACAGCCCACACUACACAACUACUUUCCCUAUGACUCCCAGUAUGUCGUCCCUGGCCACCAGUCCCAGUAUGGCGUUCAGCCCGUAUCUGAGCCACAUGGGUCCAGGGAUGGGCCUGAUGCCUGAGCUGCUACACCAGGCCCCCCUGCUGGUCCCAGGGAGCCCCACCGGCCUCCAGGUCAUGGGCAACAGCAGCUCCCAGCAGAAACACAUGCGGACAGACAAGCUGGAGGUAUGUCGUGAGUUCCAGAGGGGUAACUGCACGCGGGGCGAGGGCGACUGCCGCUAUGCCCACCCUAUGGAGGCAGCCAUGGUGGACGGCAGUGAAAACUCAGUCAUCGUCUGUAUGGACUACAUCAAGGGCCGCUGCUCCAGGGACAAAUGCAAGUACUUCCACCCCCCUGCCCACCUGCAGGCAAGAAUUAAGGCCGCCCAGCACCAGGCCAGCCAAACCGCCAACGCCAUGGCCCUGCCCCAUGGGGCAAUGCAACAGCUACCAAAGAGGCCCACCUUAGAGAAGAGUAACGGGGGUGGUGCUGUAUUCCACCCCAGCAUGUUCCACUAUCAGCAGGCCCUGGCUAACAUGCAGCUGCAGCAGCCAGCCUUUAUCCACCCUGGGCUUAUGAAAGGGCCGGCCCCGCUAGCAGUGGAUGGCCGUUGGGAGAGGCGGGACUGGAGCAGCUGCAGGCACCCCCACAGCCGCCUCUUGUCAGCGCCUGGAUUCACUGUACCCAUGAUGCACGGUGCCACCACCUCCACUGUUUCGUCGGCCUCGACCCCAGUCACCAAUGUUCCUUUCGCAGAAUCAGCCUCCUCCAAUCAGUAGACCCUUCAGAGGUUCUGAGUGCCGACCCAGUGGACCUUCAGUGCGUCCCCAUGGAAGCCCACUUCUGCCCUCUCCCCAAACUCCUGAUGGCUGCUCCGGUGGCGCUGAACCCAGUAACCCUCCCGUGAAACCCCAGUUAAAGCACCCGACAACACCAUCAAACCCUUAGUCAUCCCCAACCAACCAACCCUGCCCCAAAAAUACCACAGUCAACUAUUUGAAUGCAACAAACAUGUGCCUAACCUACAGUGCACCCCAAGUGAGAGGUAGUGUUAUCCUCAUUAAGGAGGUAUUCACAUAAUAAAGAAGUUGACUUGGUUUUAUUGACAUUUAUCACAGGCAAUACUAAAGCUUGGACCCAUUACUGUUGAUGUAAAGCCAGCCCAGACUGAUGCACAUUGACUUGAAGGAGCAGACUGAAGGAGAGGCUCCCCAGUUCUUACAGCCAUACAAACCCACACCUUUAACACACAAAUACACAUACACACUAAAAACAGCAAAUCCUCUUGGAGACUAAGCUGAGGAUAUGAGGCGUAAGGUCGUAUAAUCUUACACAGCUGACUGUUCCCUCAAAGUCAGACAGUCUGGAAAGAAAAUGAGUGACAAGUCAGACAAGAAGAAAGAAGUAGUCUGCAGUGCUUGGAUCAUUCUAGAAGUACUCUGCAGAGCUUGGAUCAUUCUAGAAGUAGUCUGCAGAGCUUGGAUCAUGCUAUAAGUAGUCUGCAGUGCUUGGAUCAUUCUAGAAGUAGUCUGCAGAGCUUGGAUCAUUCUAGAAGUAGUCUGCAGUGCUUGGAUCAUUCUAGAAGUAGUCUGCAGAGCUUGGAUCAUUCUAGAAGUACUCUGCAGUGCUUGGAUCAUUCUAGAAGUAGUCUGCAGAGCUUGGAUCAUUCUAGAAGUAGUCUGCAGAGCUUGGAUCAUUCUAGAAGUACUCUGCAGUGCUUGGAUCAUUCUAGAAGUAGUCUGCAGAGGUUGGAUCAUGCUAGAAGUAGUCUGCAGAGCUUGGAUCAUUCUAGAAGUAGUCUGCAGAGCUUGGAUCAUUCUAGAAGUAGUCUGCAGAGGUUGGAUCAUUCUUGAAGUAGUCUGCAGAGGUUGGAUCAUUCUUGAAGUAGUCUGCAGAGGUUGGAUCAUUUAGAAGUAGUUUGCAGUAGUAGAUCCUGUAGAUCAUUCUAGAAUGCAAUGUCGUUUUCUUCAUCUUUUCUUUUUCACUUCAAAGAAAUGUGUUGCGUCUCAUUUAAUGUUUACAGUACGUUUCAAGACGGCUGAAGCUUAAAAGCAGUGUGUUAUUAUGUGAGCCAUUCCCUUAGUUCAGAGAGGCUAAGCUCCUAUGGUCCAAUUCAAAAAUCUCACCCAAGGUCUCAUAUAUGAUGUUCAUUUGUCUGUGCCUUUUGAGUUCCCAGCUAUGUAGGAGAUUUGAUGUCUUAUCCCAAAACAACUGAAGUCAAUGACUUAAAACCCAAUAGCCUUGAUCUCAGACAAAGUAUAGAGAAGUGUUUCUAUUGACACACAAGUCUAUAGCUCCUCCUGUGUAUAUAUUGCCUGUCGAAAGGUCUCUCUGUUCAGGAGGACUAGGUCCUGUGACAAGCUCUCUUCAUGAGAUGAUUUUUGGGUCGUUACACGAAUAGAGUGCCUUUCAAUUGAACUGUUAGAUCACGUACAUCGAUGCUCUAACUAGUCUCGUCAAUCCCAGACCUAUAGGGCAACAGCACUGGGAAUCAUGAAAAAGGACAUUGUCCUCUUCAGACAGACCAAUCACAAGUUUGGGUAGGCGGGGCUUAGAAUGCAGGCAGGAAUUGUGAAGAACUUUUACCAUGAUGGCCUGUAGAGCCAGACAUGCCAGAACUUCGCAAUUUGAAACCAAAGUUUGCAAGCAAAACCUUUGCAGUGGUUUUAGUGAAGGUAGUUGAUGCAAACUAGCCACUUGUGAAAUACACUCAUUAAAAUAACCUCUGUGAGCUCCAACUUGUUAGCUACUAUUUUGGGCAACAAGCGAAUAAGGCAGUGACGUAAGAAAGAAGGAAAUCCCAACUCCACCUUUUACUCUAUGUCAAAUGGACUUUGUCUUAGUACAGACGUGUAUGCUGGAAGGCUUGUGCGUUGUGGGAGGCAAACCAUCUGUCUAGAGAGGCUAUGCUCUAACUUAACAAAACCAUUUUCAUUCAAAUAAGUUAUUUGUUUUCUCUAAAAAUCCACAUUUUGCCAUGUCCCAUGUCUUGUUGGUCCAACUUCUGGGAAGAUUUUAACUCACUUAACUGCAAGUUUUUCAGAUGUUUUCAUGGUAAUUUCUGAAGAUGUUUUACUUAUUUAAUGUAAUUCCCCCUCUGACAUCAUUGAACGUCUGUGCACGCAUGAUAGAACAGCAAUGUACUGCUAUUUUAUUUUACCAUGAUGCCGGAUGCUCCUCUCCUCCGUUUAAUCAACAAAACAAAUACAAUAACACCUUUGCUCGGGCCGAAGAAUGGCGCUGUUAUUCCCUUGUGUGGAUUUCAACUUUAAACCUCGAGAUUGGAAAACAUGUUUGUUAUGAAUUUCAACAUGUGCUCCUCAUGACAGAAUGUUACAAUUAUGUGAAAGCGUUAUUUUUGACAAAACUACGCUUCCCAAAAGGUCAUCUAUUCGUGGAAGGGACACAUUAUUGAAACCAAAAAUGAAAUUCAAUGGCGAAAUCUGAAAUAAUACUUAUUAAUAUUUCUUGAACUUUCUGGAACCACUGCAGAGGCUGCAUCAGGGGAGUUGUUUUGCUUGUCUGAAAGGUCUAGCAUGCUUAAAUGUGUGCCAAUGAUUCUAUAAUGGAGGUUUGUCUGUGCCAAUCAUUGGUGUAUACUGUAUCCUGAAUAGAAUUCCCUUACUGUUGUCAGAUUGCUAUGGAUGUUUCCCCUUCAAUGAGCCGUCCCUUCCUCUGUCAGACGUCAACUAACAGAUAUUUUUUGGGGUCAAUCUCCUGCAUUCAUAGUAGUAUGUUUAAGUAAGUGGUAUACAUGUUUCAAUAUGUUGUGUUAAGAAUAUUUUAAUGGAAUGGAUUUGACAAAUGUGGUUCUGCAGGGAGUAUAUUGAGUAAGCUUGAAAUUGUUCUGUCUGUAAAACAUGUAUUUGAUCAUAGUCACUGUGUCCUUACUUUCAAUCAUCAGCAGACUUUAAAUGCUACAAAUAUAGUGACCUGGUGGGACAGUACCGACCUAAGUAGAGGAAAUAGAAGGAGAUAGUGAGAGACUGAAAGAGAAACUGAUCAGUUCUGGAGUUAAGUAUUUGGUCUUAAAAUGGUAUCCAGAAUUAUUACAAAAUGGAGCAGAAUUGCUAUGAAAAUGGAUAGAGACAAUACAUUAGCUGAUAUGUUUAGGUGAGUUUUAAUGUGCCUCUCUCACUCGUUUUCAAGUCUUCUGAAACCAAUCACUGUCCAUACACUGUAAUAACUGACUUUUCAGUCUUUUCAAAACAGAUGAUAUGUUGACUAGCACUGCCUGUCUGGCGCCAUUGAUCUGUCGUGUCUCUGUAGUUUCUUCUUUGAAACAGCUGUGUUGUCUCAUCUUUUGAUGAGAUAAAAAAAAGUAAUCAGCCUGAGUGGGUGGUGUGUUUAAAUGUUUUAAUUAAUGACACUGACUCACUGAGUUGGACGUGGAAAUGUUGAGACGUUUUCCACAUCUUGGGGGAAAUGGAUAUUGACAGGAAGCUAUUCAUGUUUAAGUCAUGUCAUUUAAGUGGUGAAUGUAUCUAAUAGCGCAAAAGUCGAACGGCAUGUUGAAAUGUAAUGAUUCACUAUAUAGGCUAUUUCUAUUAAGAGGUCAAAUGCAAACCACGUUAAGAAAACAUACUGUGUUAAGAAAUGUUUUAAGUAUGUGUGUGUAUUGUUAUAUAGGUUUAUGUUUAAAUGUGUGAGUACUUUCAGAAAUAUCUUUGGACAAGUGUGGUCCCUGCAUUUUCCUCCUUUCUUUGAUGCAUUCAGAUGCAUAUUAGAAAUGGUCCUCUCUUAAUCAAUGAAAUUGAUAUUAGAAUGUCUAGACAUAUUCACUUUGUCUAAAUUGUAUAGCUUUGAAGGACUUGCGUUGCCCAGCCAAGAUGAAAAUCUAUCUUCUCUCUCUCCCCCCCUCUCUAUGUCACAUCAUUAUGCCUUCUCCAACUGCUAUCCAGCUGGAAAUAACAACAUACUUGAUUUAAGAAAAAGAAAAUGUGCCUCGUGGGGGGCGUUAGCAUUUUAAGUAAAUGUACAUGUUUAAGAGGUGUGUUUUCCUUGUACAACAUAGUUAACUAGAGUAAUUGUAGUGUUGUUGGUACAAAUAUAUUAUUCUUUCUUUCUUCAUCCUUCACCAUUAUGUUCCAAAGUUUCUCCCUCUCUAAAUGGUACUUCAUCGAAUUCUGUCACAUUUUUAGUCUUUAUUCCUAAAUCACAAUAUCAAAGAUGUGACUAUUUAUGGACAGAACUGUUAGUGGUAUUUUCACCCAUUUAGAUUUGUUUUUAUUGUUUAUUUGACAUUUGAAAAAAGUCAUAGCAUGAAAAUAAGAUAAUCUUCAUUGAUACUUAAUUAAUAGUUUGUGUAGUUUCCAUUUAAGAAAAACUAAAAAUAGAAAUUAUAUAAAAAAAUAUAUACAUUUGUAUCUAUACAAUGAUAGAUUCAUUGUUACUUAUUAAUAGUAUGUCGUGGUUGUUGUUGUUGCUGUGGCAACAGAACGACAACAUGGCUACCUUUGUCAAUCUUAAUUGUGAAUUUUUUCACAUAUGAAUUGAAAUAAUGUACAACAUUAACUUAUUCAGAAAGGGAAUGUCUAGUUAGAUUGUCUUGGAUUGCAAGAUGAUUGAAUAUUUUGUAAGAAAAAGUUAAGUUAAAUCCUUAAUGUCCAAAGGUCCUCUGGGGAGAUCAGGUGUUUUGUUUGUUUAUCUUUUGGAUUUGAUUCGUUUUUAUUUCUGUAUUUAGUUUUUUUGGAGAGUAAGAACGCAUCUCAGCUUUUAAAAUGAUCACCUUAAAUACCAGGAGGGUAAAGAGACUUUGGGACUGGAUACAAGAUUGAAAUAAUUCUGCUAAAUUGAGUCAUUAUAGACUUAUGACCUGAUUUGAUUUGCUGUUUUUGAUCACCACAUUACAUUGGAGUUGAACUGGCCCAUACAUGCUGUACAGAAAUUGCUAUGCGUCGUCUCUAUGCAUUGUAUUGCCAACAAUUUUCACCUAGGCUCAUAGGCUUAUACUAUAGGCCUUCUGUCCGCAUGGACAGGAAGUGCUGAUGUCACCGAGCUCUUGGAUUGGUCCUCAGUAUGAAGUCUCUUUCCCCCUGUGGCCUGCCCAGCUGUGCUGGGAGAUGUUGAUGCUCGCUGGAGCUUUAAGGGAUUCAACCGGUGUACGAAUGUGUGAUAUUCACCUCGUUUGCACUUAUGUACAUAAGUAAGUCAAAAUAUUCUGAAUUUAUUUUGAAUAAAUAUAGAGAAAAGAACUGAUAAAAAAAUCAAAUUUACUGUAUUGUUAAGAAAUACAGAUAAACAAUUAUCAUUUUAAUACAGUGUAACAAAAGAGAGUUGUUUUUGAGGGAUGUGUCUUUGGUUUUGUUAUAUAUGUGCCCUGCUCCUAUCAAAACAUGAUGGUGCCUCUGUUAAGAGAAAACAGAAUGUGUCAAAAAGAAGCUUUGUAGUUUGCCAUACUUUAUAGAAGCACAUUUAGAAGUCCAGCUAUGUCUGAUCCUGAACCAGUUUAGUUAUAUAUAUCUAUAUAUAUAUCUAUAUUUAGUUAGAACUAUAUGCAUAUAGUUAGAACUUAUAGAACUAUAUGCAUAUAGUUAGAACUUAUAGAACUAUAUGCAUAUAGUUAGAACUAAUAGAACUAUAUGCAUAUAGUUAGAACUAAUAGAACUAUAUGCAUAUAGUUAGAACUAAUAGAACUAUAUGCAUAUAGUUAGAACUAAUAGAACUAUAUGCAUAUAGUUAGAACUAAUAGAACUAUAUGCAUAUAGUUAGAACUAAUAGAACUAUAUGCAUAUAGUUAGAACUAAUAGAACUAUAUUCAUAUAGUUAGAACUAAUAUAACUAUAUGCAUAUAGUUAGAACUUAUAGAACGAUAUGCAUAUAGUUAGAACUAAUAGAACUAUAUGCAUAUAGUUAGAACUAAUAGAACUAUAUGCAUAUAGUUAGAACUAAUAGAACUAUAUGCAUAUAGUUAGAACUAAUAGAACUAUAUGCAUAUAGUUAGAACUAAUAGAACUAUAUGCAUAUUCCCUUUAGUAAACAAAUUAAUGAUAUUUACAUUUCCAUCAGGUUUGAUGACACAGUGACACAGUAAAUCAGAAUGGUAGUUUACAUAAAACUAGGGUUGCAAAGCUACCGGUAAUUUAACGGAGUUACUGGAAUCUUCUGUAUUUUUUGGUAAUUAACAGGUAAUAUAUGGCAAUAUAUGAUAACUUUAGUCAUUUAUACUUGAAUACAUUUUUAAAAACGUAUUCAUAUAUAGUUUUCAUAUUGUCCAUUAGUUUCUAGCAGAUAUGAUUCAAGAGGACAUUUAUUCAAUUAGAAUGUAAUCAACAAUGGCAUUAUUUUCAAUUAACUCUGCAAUGCUUCUAACUAUUGACUAAACUGACACCAGUUUAGCUACAAAACAUUUACAACAAAGACAUAUUGACAUAGUCUUGUAAAAUAAUGAAAAGUGUGUAAAACAUAAAGGAUAUUUCAUGCUGAAACCCUCAUAUUAAACACCAGUGGUAUUCACUAAAUUGAUGGUUUAUAUUUAGAAUGUUUUAGAACUUUACCAUUGUAUUUUUUAAAAUAUUAAAAUCUUCUUAUUUGAUUGUUAUAUAUUUGACAUGUGAUAAGGCCACACAGAGGGCCAGAGAUCAUUACAGACACCUGUGGUCAUCUGAAGUACCCAGAAGGGCCACUAGAUGUUUUUUGAUCAUUUACAUUAAAUCCUUGAAAUUUACCAAAUUUCAGGUAGUUUACUGGUAAACUUUGAAAUUGUAAUGUAAUAUACCCUUCCUUUGUAACCCUAUAUAAAACUAGAUUGGUUUCAAGAUCAAACUGUGUUAGGAUUUUCUACACUAUCAGUCCCAUCAUUCUGCAUGCAAGUCGAUGUGCAGAAGAACCUGUGAAUUUGGUGGUCCACCUGCUGUCUGUCUAGGAAAUGACAUCUGCUGACAGUCGGAAAAUAAUGGAUGUCAGGUGUGCGCAAAAACAGGAAAUAAUUUGCUACUCGUGUGUAUUUGGUUUGUGAGAAGGGAUUUUUUUAAACUCAUUGUCAUUAUCCAAAAACAAUCAAUCUGAAUUCUCCACAGGAUUUUAGUCAGAUCUGGAUAAAAAAAAACUGGUUUUACUACAAUCACACACACUUGCGAAACAAACAUCCCUGACGAACUUGUACAUUUAAUGCUCUUCAAUUGCUUUGGAAGCCAAUCAUUUUGUUGCCAUGGCACUUGUCCUAGAGGUGGUGGAGGGACUGGGUCUCAGUGGAUUGGUCCAAAGCCUUUUCACUGUAAACAGAGGAGAGGACAGCCUUCCUGUAGACUGGGGAUAAGACUGGGGGUCAAGGCUCCCAAACUUUUAACAACUGAUUCAAAGAUCAGUUUCAUAAUGUACAUCUGUACAUGUUGAUGUGAAAGCAAAAACAUAACAUCUCAUUCAUGGCAAGUGACCACAGAAUUUGUCCCUUUAAUUUAAAUAACUGUUAGUUGCUUUGGGUGCUUUCCUGGAUAUUAGUUGCCUGUUUCUGCUUGCUUGGCAAGGCAAAGCCAAGGAGUGAACAAACUUGCACCCAGGUAAAAUAUUGGGUUUGUUUAAAAGCAUUUCUGUUGGAGAGAAGGCUGUCCAUUAUGCUCAUCUCUCCCCCACUCUAGGACAAAAGUGAAAUUGACUGCUUUGAUUCCUGGUAUGAAAAUGCUUCUCUUUCACUUUCUAUUUAGCUUGUUGUGCUUGUACGUGCUAGAGAACUGUGCUACAUGCCAAUUAUUUUUGCUAUGUAUAAAUAUAUAGGUAUACAUACACAUAUGACUUAUGUUAUUUUUGUUUUACCUUUUAAUAAAGCACUUAAUUGGUGAUCUA